GGUGGAGGCGGAAGGGCGGGGCUUGGGGGUGAAGACUACAACACGAGGUGAGACUACUGGGCCAGUCUCAGCGAGGUUCUUGGGAGUAUCAUGGAGGCAGCAGGAGCGGAGCUGGUGCAGGGUACCUCCAGAGACUCCCUGGUGAGUGAGCUGGGGCUGAGAGGUGGACUCCUCCCAGGGGAAACAGAGGCAGAGCUGAGCCGGGCAAGCCUCAGGGUGCUGCCAAGUUCACAGCCCUCCUCGUGUGUCCCCCCCCAGUUCCGACCCCAGACCUUGUUCCUGAGGGUCCUCAGGGACGGCGGCGCCUGUGAGGACGUGUUCACCUAUGGCCAGAUUUUAUUCUAUCUUGGAGAAUAUAUCAAGACAAAGGGGUUAUUUGAUAAAGAGCAAGAGCAUGUUGUCUGUUGUUCCAAUGACCUUCUUGGAGAUGUGUUUGGAGCAUCCAGCUUCUCCAUGAGAGAGCACAGGAAAUUAUCUGCGAUGAUUUAUAGAAACUUAAUUGCAGUUGAUCCUUCAGAGUCUAUUAGCCCUCCUGAGUUGCGUGAAUUGGAGAGUAAACACAAGAAGUCAGUGCGGGGACUAUGGGAAGAGCAGCCAUCCUCCACUGUGGACACUAGACCAUCCACCACCUCUGGAAGAAGAUCCCCACGUGAAAGAGAAGAUAAUAUGGAAGAGUUGCCUUGUGGACAGCCCAGAAGUCAGCAGAAGUCAGAGAGCAGCCUUUCUUUGCCAUUGGGUGGUUGUGGUGUGCUCAGUGGCAUAUGGCCUGGAGAGCCUAGAGAAAGCAGUCUGAGGCAUACAGGAUUCAUCACUUCAACUAUGGAGUCAGAACAAGAACUGUGGGAAAAGCAUCCAUCCCCCAGUGUGGGCACUGGACUCUCCUCUGCGAGAAGACCCUCAAGUGAAACAGAAUACAGUUUGAAUGAGUCAUCUUAUGGAGAACUGAAAAAACGGAAGAAAUCGGAUAGCAGCAUUUCCUUCUCCUUUGGUGGAUGUGGUAGAUUCAGUAGUGUAGGUCCUGGAGAAAGCAGUAGCCGUCACACAGCAGCCUUCCCUUCAAGUCCGGAGUCGGUGCAAGAACCAUGGGCCAAGUAUCCAUUCCCCAAGGCGGGUACUAGACCAUCUCUCUUGUCUGAAGGAAGACCACCGAGUGAAACAGAAGACAGUGUGGAGGAGAUAGCUUGUGGACAAGCCGUUGAGAAAGCAAAGAACAGCCUGUCUCACCCAUGUGGGGAGUACUCUGCGCGCGGCGACAGACUCUCUGAACACAGCGGCGGCUCUCCUGCAGUGGCCCUCUUUUCAAGUCAGGAGUCAGAACAAGAACCAUGGGAAGAGCAUCCAUCCCCCAAUAUGGGUACUGAACGUUCCUCCUCUUCAAGAAGACCCUCAAGUGAAACAGAUGAGGAUGUGGAAAAGUUGCCUUACGGACAAUCGGGAAACCUUGAGAAAUCUGAGAGUGAGGGCAGCAUCUCUCACUCAAUUGGUGGAUGCUCUGUACGCAGUGAUGUAGCCUCUGUACAAAGCAGUGGCCAUCCCUCAGUGAUCACGACCCCUUCCAGUCCGGAUAACUCCGCUGAUGCUAUUUCAGACCAGUUCAGUGUGGAGUAUGAAGUGGAGUCUAUGGAAUCUGAGGAUUACAGCCCCAAUGAAGAAGGGGAGGAGCUGGGCCCAGCCUUGGCCGUGCAGGGCUCUCAGAAGCUUGCUGUGCAGGAGAAGGGGACCCCUUCCCUGCUGCCACAACCCAGCACGGCCCAUGAUCAGACAGGCGGAAAACCAGGGCCGGGGAGCUACUCUCAACCUCCCCCGGUCAGGGAGAAUAAUCCCCGAGCAGUCAGUGCCAUGUCCAGCUAUCGAGGCCUGGGAGAUUCUCACUCGUCUUCUUGGCGAGCCCCCUCAAGCAGUCUGAGCAUCACAGAGCCUUGCAUCAUCUGUCUGAGCCACCCCAAGAACGGCUGCAUUGUGCAUGGCAUCACAGGGCAUCUUGUGACCUGCUAUACAUGUGCCAGGAGGCUACAGCGCCGAGACAAGCCCUGCCCAGUGUGUCGCCAGCCCAUUCAUCUGACCGUGCUUGUUUACCUGACCUAGGUACACCUGGGGCCCUGGUGCAGAUGCUCUGCUUGGCACCCUUCCCCCAAACAAGGUCCUCUAGUUCAUUUGCUUAUUUGGAGAGGAUUUCUGGCUGUUGGGUUUGUGCCUGGUUUUUCCCUGGCACGCGUUUUGGGGCAGCAUUUUGUAGUGGAUGGAAUCCCCGGGUUCAAACCUGGCCUCUGACACGCGCAUUCUUGUAAUACUAGGCAGGAUUCCGAGUUCUUUAGACAGCUCCCAAACCCAGCUCAGUGGGACGUUGGUCCUGGCCACUGACGGGGGCUGUUGGCGUGGAUUGUGGACCUUAUUUCCAGUUAUUCUAGUUCUCUUGUUAAUGAUUGCUGCCUCUCCUAAUUUGGGGAGGCCCGAUUGGGGGGUGGGGGGGUGCCAGAAUCGUGCUGUAAGACUACAGAUAAUAAACGUCCUUAGCAGU